CCGCCAUUGUCCAGCGGGAGGCCGGUCCGGUGGUCCCCAGGACGGGGCUGAGUUUAAAAUUAGGGUGUCCUUGGACGUCUGUGGCUGACCUGUUGGCCUGGAAUGGACCACCAGGACAAAGCAUCAACAGUGGCAAUGGCCUCGCGGCCGCAAGCAACACAACUUCAGGAGCCAGUGACUUUCCGAGAUGUGGCUGUGGACUUUACCCAAGAGGAGUGGGGGCAGCUGGACCCUACCCAGAGGACUCUGUACCGUGAUGUGAUGCUGGAGACCUUUGGGCACCUUCUCUCUGUGGGUCCUGAUCUUCCCAAACCUGCAGUUAUCUCCCAGCUGGAACAAGGUGCUGAGCUGUGGGUGGCAGACAGAGGAGGCACCCGGGCCUGCCAUCCAGGCUGGAUUCUUGAACCUGAAGACCACACAUUACUAAAGGACCAGGGCCUCCCAAAAAUGAAACCAUCCCCCAUUACAGAAAAGGAUGGGUUUGCAAAGGCUGUUCCUUGUCGUUCUAUGAUAGGGAUAGAUCAGGAAAGUGAUGGCCAGAGGCAGGCACUCAAGAAGGACCAGAGUAACUUGAAUGACCCCAAAGAGAUACCACUUCAGAGUCAAAGCCACAAAAGUCUUGGACUUGUGGAAACCUGUGUUCUUGGCUUAAACACUUAUCUAUUACCAGUUAUUUCUGGAAGAGAGUAUGGCUGUACUUAUGACUCACAAGUUAAAAAUUUAGAACAUAAUCCAAGCUUAGUUAGACAACGGACAGACUCCCCAGCAACACAGUCCUUUGAUGACAAUGACAGUCAAAAAGCCUUUGAUCAAAUUAUGCCCGUUACAGAACUCACAAAAAGUCAGGUGCAAGAUAAACCCUAUAAGUGUACUGAUUGUGGGAAGUCAUUUAACCAUAAUGCACAUCUCACAGUGCACAAGAGAAUUCAUACGGGAGAAAGACCUUACAUGUGCAAAGAGUGUGGGAAAGCCUUCAGCCAAAACUCCUCCCUUGUUCAACAUGAGCGAAUCCACACUGGAGACAAGCCUUAUAAGUGUGAUGAAUGUGGGAAAUCUUUUUGCCACAGUACACACCUUACAGUCCAUAGGAGAAUUCACACUGGAGAGAAACCCUAUGAGUGUCAGGACUGUGGGAGGGCCUUCAAUCAGAAUUCAUCCCUUGGUCGACACAAGAGGACACACACUGGGGAGAAGCCUUAUACCUGCAGUGUUUGUGGGAAAUCUUUCUCCCGGACCACUUGCCUCUUCCUGCACCUGCGGACUCACACUGAGGAAAGGCCAUACGAGUGUAAUCACUGUGGAAAGGGCUUCAGGCACAGUUCCUCCCUGGCCCAGCAUCAGCGGAAGCACGCUGGUGAGAAACCCUAUGAGUGCCGACAGAGGCUGAUCUUUGAGCAGGCACCAGCUUUAACAAAGCACGAGUGGACAGAACACCUCGGCUGCGACUCACCGUUGAGUCAAGGUGAAAGGACUCAACGGAGUGAUAGGCCCUUUAAGUGUAAUCAGUGUGGAAAGUGUUUCACUCAGAGUUCUCACCUCAUCCGACAUCAGAUCACCCACAACAGAGAGGAAGAACCACUACGUGGACGUAGCAGAAGGCGAGAACAGCCCUGUAGACGGGGCUCAAGACUCAUUCAGUAUCAAAACUCAAAUUUAAGAGAGCUUCCUGUAGCCCAGUCAAAGGCAGGACAAGCAAGCAGAACCCUGGCCUUGUUUGACCUUCAUGAAAUUAUGCAGGAGAAAAACUCUGUGCAUGUUAUUGGGGUAGAAGAACCUUCAGCGGGCAACUCCAUGCUGUUUGACACCAGGGAAUCUAGACUCACUGAAUUCUUCUGCCCAAUGGCCAUCCCCAAGAGCCCUCUGAGCCCAGUACUCUGGGAACAGGAUAGCUUCCUUCAGGUGAAGGUUGAGGAGGAAGAAGCUAGCGACUCCCAGAGCCAGGAAUCCAGCCCUAGCUUUACUGCCCACCCUGAGGCUGCACGAUUGCGAUUCAGGCACUUCCGCUAUGAGGAGGCAUCCAGCCCUCAUCAGGCGCUAGCCCAACUGCGAGAGCUAUGUUGCCAGUGGCUGAGGCCAGAGUCGACCUCCAAAGAACAGAUGCUGGAGUUGCUGGUGCUGGAGCAGUUCCUGGGUGCACUGCCCCCUGAGAUCCAGGCCUGGGUGGGUGCUCAGUGCCCAAAGAGUGGAAAGGAGGCUGCCGUUCUGGUGGAGGAUAUGACUCAACUGCUGGACAGGAGAGGAUGGGAGCCAGGAGUGGAACGUGAAGAGGCAAGUUGCAAACAGAGCAGUACAGAUGAAUUGGAGCCAACAAAAAUGGCGACUGAAACUGUCAUGGGAAGCGUUUUGCCAAAAUCUACCCUUGCCCACACUUGUAAACCUGAGAGCCACUCAGAGAGCCAGCCAGAACUCCUAGGAGCACUCUGGAUGAAGUCUACUGCCCAAGAGAUGGAUUUCAGAAAAGCUCUGGGGCCUCACAUGGAUGCCCCCAAAGACCAGCCUGGCCAUGAGUCUCAUGCCUCAGGAAACGGUUCCAACGUGUGGUCCAACUUCCCUUCCCCAGACAAGGCUUCUUCAGAGGAGAAAGUUGGCCCAUUACUUGAUAAUGAGACAGUGCCUCCAGAUACUUGCUCAGAGAAGAAAUCCUCCAAGGAUAGUGAAUGUUUGAAAACAUUCCAGAACACUUCAGCUCUGGAGGCCCACCAGAAGAGCCACUCUCAGAAGACGCCCUAUGCCUGUACUGAGUGUGGGAAAGUAUUCAGUCGGAGCACCCACCUUGUCCAACACCAGGUUGUUCACACAGGAGCAAAGCCCCAUGCGUGUAAAGAGUGUGGUAAAGCCUUCAGUCGAGUUGCCCACCUGACACAGCACCUGAGGAUUCAUACUGGGGAGAAGCCUUAUAAGUGUGAAGAAUGUGGUAAAACCUUCAGCCGCAGCACCCACCUCACGCAGCAUCAGCGAGUACACACAGGCGAGCGGCCCUACGAGUGUGAUACGUGCGGGAAAGCCUUCAGCCAGAGCACCCACCUGACACAGCACCAGCGCAUCCACACUGGGGAGAAGCCCUACAGGUGUGAUGUGUGUGGGAAAGCCUUCAGUGACUGUUCAGCUCUGGUCCGGCACCUGCGAGUCCACUCUGGAGAGAAGCCUUAUCAAUGUAAGGACUGCCCGAAGGCCUUCGCACAAAGCUCUUCCCUCAUUGAGCACCAGCGCACUCACACGGGUGAAAAGCCUUAUAAAUGCAGUGACUGUGGGAAAGCUUUUAGCCGCAGCUCAGCUCUCAUGGUGCACCUAAAGAUCCAUAUCACCGUGACUCGAAGCACCCCUUAGAGUACAGCACAGCCUCCCUGAGAGGAUUGACAUCUAAGAAAUCUGAUAGUUGUGCUACCCAGUGUCUAAGGGGUUAUCUGGAAACACCUCUACAUUUGAGGUCCCAGGGGAAAUCCCCUAAUGAACACGGAUUCAGACCAAUUGGUGAAGCUUCUAGAAGCUUCCUACUGCCCUCUGUAUCCCACUCAGGCUGGUCCCAGAGAGAAGAUACUAAACUGAUGAUCUGCAUUGUUUCUUGGAACCAGAGCAAGGUGUCUUUCCAGGCUCAGAUGCCCCAAGAUCCUCGAGGCAGGAAGACCCAAGCUUCAGGUUCUCACAUGGUUACUGUUCUUGCCGGUUCCUUGCUGAUCAGCCUAGAAUGGCCCACUCUGUGCCUUCACACCUGCUUCCCCACCAUAUUACUUUAUGCCUAACUCCAAGACAGACUUGGGAGGCUGCCUCUCCAUGCUAUCCCUCUCAUGUUCUCCCUGCUUUAAUCCACAGUGUCUGUCUUCUCCCACGUCUUCCUUCCACAUCUCAGGCUCCAGCCGUGUGGAUUCACCUCAGGCUCAUCUCUAAUCUAGCCCCUCCUGCAGUAUCACCUCCUGUGAGCUCACCUUGGGCCUCCCUGGAUUUUUAUCAGGGCUCUCUUUUCUCACCUCUUCCUGCCUUCAUUCCAUCUCCACCCACUUUCUUCCUGGCGCAUCUCUUUCUGCUACCCAGAUCACAGUGAAUCAUUCCAUGACACAAUAUGUUGUCCGUGAGUCACCUCUUCAACAAACAAGCAUGCCAGGAUAUAUGUCACUUUGGUCCAAGCAAUUACUCUAGGAAUGUUGUCAAAGGAAUGUUGUCAUUUGUCUUUGA